CUCCACCCUCUUCUCCCUGUCCUCUUCCCCUGUCGCUUUCUCUCUAGUCUCUACAGCUUCCAAUUCCAUGGCGCUCUCUCUCUCCUCUUCCGAAUACUUUUCCCUCUCGCCCUCGCCUUUUUCCUCCUUUUUGUCCAUAUAAAAUUUUGAGCUUCCGAGCAACCAGCGGGUUUGAAGUUUGAACUCACUCCCCCAGUCCCCGUCUCUCUCACCAAAUGCGCCGAGAUCUGUGUGUGUAAGCUGAACACCGCCAAGGAUUUCUCCUCCUCCCCUUCCGCUUCUUGCAUUUGCUCCCUGGGGAGAUAGCUGUUCCAGGGGUCAGUUCUCGGAGCCGGCAGCUGCCAUUCCGGGGGUUUUGGAUAGAAGGACAAAACAUCUUGCUGAAAGUAGACAGCCAUGGAUCAGUAUGAAGUGCUGGAGCAGAUCGGUAAAGGAGCAUUUGGCUCUGCUCUGCUGGUCAGGCACAAGCUGGAGAAGAAGAAGUAUGUGUUGAAAAAGAUCCGGCUUGCACGUCAGACAGACCGCACUCGCCGGUCUGCCCACCAGGAGAUGCAGCUCAUUGCUACAGUGAGGAAUCCAUUCAUUGUGGAGUACAAGGAUUCAUGGGUGGAUAAGGGUUGCUACGUUUGCAUUGUUAUAGGGUAUUGCGAGGGAGGAGACAUGGCGGAAGCUAUUAAAAGAGCUAAUGAUACCCACUUUUCUGAGGAGAAGCUUUGCCAGUGGCUAGUGCAGCUUCUCAUGGCUCUUGACUAUUUGCACGCACAUCACAUUCUUCACCGUGAUGUGAAGUGCUCCAAUAUAUUUCUAACCAGGGACCAGAAUAUAAGACUUGGAGACUUUGGGCUUGCGAAAAUAUUGACCCCUGAUGACCUAGCAUCUUCGGUUGUAGGAACACCGAGCCACAUGUGCCCAGAACUUCUUGCUGAUAUACCUUAUGGUAACAAAUCUGAUAUUUGGUCACUAGGAUGCUGCAUGUAUGAAAUGGCUGCACUCAGACCUGCAUUUAAAGCUUUCGAUAUGCAAGCCCUUAUUAACAAGAUUACCAAGUCGAUUGUAUCACCUUUGCCAACAAGAUAUUCCGGUGCAUUUCGGGGACUCGUUAGGAGUAUGCUGCGGAGAAGUCCAGAGCACAGGCCAAGUGCAGCUGAACUACUGAAACACCCGCAUCUACAACCAUACGUGCUGCAAGUGCAUUUGAAAUCUUCCCCUUCUCGCAGCAUGAUUCAUGUCCAUCAAUCUCCAAGUGAAAAGAGAAUGACAUUCGCCGGAGAACCUGUUUACAGAAGCAAGGGCAGGAGGAACUCUUUGGGAAAUGAAAGGAUAGUAACCUUGAGCAAACCUUCUCCGGAGAGGAAUUCCAUCAGCUCUAUUCCGAGCAUAAAGGACUACACCACCACAAAGGGUGUCAAAGAGCUAUCUGUUGAUGACAGUCAGGUUGAGGAGGUUACUAGUAAAACCGUAGCAUCAAGGACCUCGAGUAUCAUGAGGACCCCAAAGACAACUCCAUGGAAGAUGAUGACAACUCUGAAGAACCGGCUAGAAGCUCCGCAAGCAUCCUAUGAUAGGACAAGUCAUAUUGAGUUUUCAACAACACCAGUUGACAACAGGAGCGCUCGACUUGCCCGCAGGGCGUCGCUUCCUCUGCCGGUCUUCGAGACCCCCAAGCGCAGCAGCAUCAGCAUCCUGGAGCAGCUGGAGUCCCCUGACGUCUCCGUGAACUCGCCUCGCAUCGACAGGAUCGCCGAGUUCCCGCUCGCUUCCUACGAGGAGCCCCCGUUCCCGAGCAGCAACAAGCCCUCAGUAUCAUCCGCCCACGGGUCGUGCUCCGCGGCCAGUCCCGCCACGCCUUCGUUCGUGGACCGGUCCAUCACCAAGGACAAGUGCACGGCCCAGACGCUCCGCGCCACCGCCGCUGACAACGGCCGGAGGAGCGUCGCCGGCGACGAAGAAGACGACGACUCGUCCACGGGCCGCAACAACGCCACGGCGGCGGCGGCGGCGAUCUCGAGCCGCGGGUCGUCGGGAUCGUCGAGGCGGCGGCAGCAGCAGCAGCAGCAGCGGUGCCGGUUCGACACGACGUCGUACCAGCAGCGGGCGGAGGCGCUGGAGGGUCUGCUGGAGUUCAGCGCGCAGCUGCUGCAGCAGGAGCGGUACGAGGAGCUGGGCGUCCUGCUGAAGCCGUUCGGCCCCGACGAGAAGGUGUCGCCCAGGGAGACGGCCAUCUGGCUCACCAGGAGCUUCAAGGAGACGGGGUUGUAGGCAGCCUCGCCGAUCGCCUAUUGCCUGCAAGCAUCGUCACAGGCCUCUUCUUGCAGUUCUAUGAUGUGAAAUGAUCUAGCGUUAGCGUUGGUCAGUGAGCUAAUUAGAUGCUGGGAGUGGACACCAUCUCAGUGUUGCCCCAGCGUAAACCAUUACGUACUAGUAGCUAGCAAGUAGUUUCUCAAGGCCGGCCCCCAGAACUGACAGCAGGAAGUAGCUGUAGUGUCUUGAGCCAGGAAGUAGUGAGAUCCUUAUUAGGCAAGGUCAUGCAACCGAGGUUGUAACCAUCUGAGAACUUAUAUUAAGGGUUAGUUUCAGACUUUCAGUCA